GCUAACAUCAACUUUUUUAGUGCAUUGAUGUCUUUGGGAUUAUUUCAUUUAAAAAAGAAAAAUGUACCCCGCGUUCUCUCAGCCAUUGGACCUUAAUAAAACAUUAAUUCCGCUGUCCCCAAAUCCAUAAUUAUUCCUCCUGCUUUCCUUUUCUUUUCUCUUCUCAAAUUCCCCUCCCUAAUCUUCCUUCUUUUUGGCCUGUUGCUUUUCUGAAACCCGCGCGCCUUGAAUCCCAGAGAAGAUGGUCCGAGCCAUUGGCAAUGCCAAAGAUGAGCAAUCAUCAGGUAAAAAGCAUUCCCAAUUCUUGAUUCUUUUCUGCUUUCUUUAGGGGUGCAUGUAUCUUGAUUGAUUUGGAAUCUAAGCCUCUGGUGUCGUUUGAUUCUUGACUCAGACAUGGAGCUGAUGAAGGAGAGGUUCGCAAAGCUGCUUCUUGGUGAGGAUAUGUCAGGCAGUGGAAAGGGCGUUUCAUCCGCUUUGGCUCUGUCAAAUGCAAUCACAAAUACAGCAGGUAUAUUUAAAUUAUGUGUAUACAUACGCUUCGUGCAUCAUAUCGGGCUUAGGGUUUUCAGAUGAAUGUAAAAAAAGGCAAUCUCAUAAAGAGGAUUGACAUUUUUUGUGUGAAAUAAACAUAAUUUGCAGCUUCUGUGUUUGGAGAAAUAAAGAAACUGGAACCAAUGGCAGCAGAGAGGAAAGCAAGGUGGAGAAAAGAAAUCAAUUGGCUUUUAUCUGUUACAGAUCACAUUGUUGAAUUUGUUCCUUCCAAUCAAACAGCAAAAGACGGAACAAACAUGGAGGUAUUAUUGAUCACUAAUCAUAUACUAUUAUACAAAUUAUAGCAUAAACUAAACUCUAAUUGCAUAGCUAACAUGAAAAAAACAUCCUUUUUGACAGAUAAUGGUGACUCGGCAGAGAACGGAUCUCCAAAUGAACAUUCCAGCGCUCCGCAAGCUAGACGCGAUGCUCAUUGUAUGAUACAGUACAUUGCUGCACUAGUCAGUAGUUUUUUUAAAAGAUCUUAUGUGUAUAAUGAAUUACUGAUACAAACAUGGGGAACCAACAGGAUUGUUUGGAUACCUUCAAGGAUCAAAAUCAGUUCUACUACACUGAUGCAUCAACAGAUGAGGAUGUUGGUGAACAGAAAGGCAAGAAUAGCAGGAAAGAUGAUAAAUGGUGGCUCCCAACUCCUAAGGUCCCUCCAAAUGGUCUGUCCGAUUUUGAAAGGAAAUGGUUACAGUCUCAAAAGGAAUCUGUAAACCAGAUUCUCAAAGCUGCGAUGACCAUAAAUGCUCAAGUUCUUGCAGAAAUGGAGAUCCCAGAGAGUUAUAUAGAUUCUCUACCAAAGGUAAGUAAUUCUUCACUUACUUAUUUGGCUGAAAAUCUGAAAUGAAUGUUACGAAUUGAUUUUUCUUUCAUCCAAGAAAAAUUCACCAGAUAUAACUCCAAUAAUCCAUUGCUAAACAGGUCUUUAGCAAUAAGGAUUAAAGAACUCCAAAAGCAUUUGCUCAUUUCCUAAAUCAUGACUUUCGAAAAAAGCUUACGAAAACUUUGUGAUUUGGAUGCUAGAAUGGGAGAGCAACCCUUGGGGACUCGAUAUACAAGAGCAUCACGGAUGAAUAUUUUGAUCCAGAUUAUUUCCUGACAACAAUGGGAUUGACUUCGGAGCAUAAAAUCCUAGAGCUGAAAAACAAGAUCGAAGCCUCAGUGGUGAUAUGGAGACGGAAGAUGAACUCCAAAACAGAGAAAUCAACGUGGAGCUCAGCUGUAAGUAUGGAAAAGAGAGAGUUGAUUGAAGAAAGAGCAGAGACAAUAUUGCUCAUUCUCAAGCACCGCUACCCGGGAAUACCUCAAUCUUCACUAGACAUCAGCAAAAUCCAAUGUAACAGAGUAAGACUUCUAUACCACUAGACUAAAAUGUUCUUUUCUUAAUAUUAACUUGUAAGGCAAUCUCCAAGUGUGUAGCCAUAAGGUUAACCUUUUGGAUCAAACUAAGCCCAAAUGGCUGUUUUGUUCCUAUAGGACAUUGGCCUACUCUUCUUAUAAGGUUGACUUUUUUAGAAUGGAAAUUCAUGUCUUAGUACUAUGUCAAUAUGCUAAAUAUGAUGAUGUUCUAGGAUGUUGGGCACGCAGUGCUGGAAAGCUAUUCAAGAAUAAUUGAGAGCUUGGCUUACACAGUAUUGUCAAGAAUAGAAGAUGUUAUACAAGCAGAUAGUGCCGCACAAAGUAAUUGUGUCAAAGAAACAAAGAAGCAUGAUGCUCUAAAAGAAGGUGUGUAUGCUAAAGAACAGGUGCCUACAUCAAUGGCAUUGUGGGAAUUCAUGGGUUGGGCACCAUUGGAUCAAGGAGUGGUUAAUGAAAAUAAGGGUGGCUUCAUGAAAUUCAAGGACACAAAGCUCCUAAGUAAACAAUCUAGCAUAUUACCCAUCAAGAGAACUUCCUACCUGGAGAGCAUAGCUGGUACCAGAAGUCCAACAGCACGCCACUAAGUAUUUUUGUGUGGAUUAACAAGAGUUCUCGUGUUCAUCAAGACUGUUAACGCUUGAUCUGAGAUGUAAAUAUUGAGAUGAAUACUAGCUCCACAUAAUCUGACUGAGAAAACCAUACAUAUUACAGUAUGUUAAAGAACAUGUCUCUCAUCAACUAAAUAUACUUGUGUAUGAUCUCAGAUUACUCCUACCACCUGGGUUACUCAGUUACUCCCAAAAGAACUCAAGUCAUACAACAUUAUUAGUAUUCCAUAGAGGAAGCAUUGCUUUGAAUUAGAGGUGGACAUAGGUCGGGCUACCAGCCCAGGACCAAAGGCCCGAUCAUUUUUUAAGCGGGCUUGGAUAAAAAAUUAAGGCCUGAAUAUCGAAUUAUCGAUCCAGCCGUGGACGAAAAGAAAAAUCUGUUAAUAAAUGAUCCGGACUUUGCACAACCCUUCCAAGCCCGAACCCGGCCCAAAUCUAUUGACUUCAAUGAUAUAUGUAGUACAAUAUUAUACAUGCAUGUGAAAUAAGUAUAUUACAAGGUUUAUCAAUUAUUUUAGUCGAAUACUACGCAAGUACUACUUUUUUCAUUACACUUUUUUACAUUAGCUUAUAAAUUUUUCUUUUUUUA